CCUUAGCAAUACCAGUUUUCUAGCCUACUGUUCUAGAGAGUUUCGUUGUGGCUCUUGCCCGCUAGGCUCUUAUUGUAAUUCCAAUUUUUUUAGAUUAUUUUAUUUACUCUCAACCAAAUUUACUCUUUUGAUGGUUUGCAUAAACAAUAUUGGUCCCAUGUUAAAUGCAAUCGGUUACGAUUGGAUUCACACUUCCAGGAAGGUUGCAGGACUUGCAAUUAUCUGGGGUUCCAUUUGCUGUGAAGACCAUUUUGAAUGGCACAGGAUAAAUUGCUUUAAUGCGGGUGUUGAAGAUAGCGCAUAUAUCGUUGCCAAACGCUCUACAGACGACAGCUAUGCCUUGAGCGACUUCAUUUUUUGAAGAUGAAAGAAAUGACGAAAAAGACUUUUUUGCCCGUACGCUGGCUAGUACAAUCCUGAUUUUGCUUAGAUCCUGCGUUAAUUAUGAUUAGAAUUAACCUAGGGGUACACCAACAUGGAGUACUCCAUUUAUACACCAAGCUAACACAGACACACACAGACACAAAAUGUCUGUGCACAGACAUUUUGUGUCUGUGUGUGUUUGGUAUACAAAUAGGAUACCCCAUGUUGGCGUACCCCUAGCACUGUCCUUAUGAUUAAUGUCUUGCUUUGGGUCUAAUUUUGGGAUUUUGAUGGGGGUUUGAUUUGGCUUGCUAGGAUUGAGGCAGUCAUGAACCUGUUAUGUGCACCUAUUUUG